CGCGGUUCAGCCUCAGUCAAAACUGUGACAACUGAACUGAACCAAGCCGGGAAGCCACCCAUGCGAUGACGUCACGGGGCUCUGACAAGCUGGUGGUGCCGGAAGAAAAGAUGGCGGAUCAUGAGGAGCAGCUAUCCGACGAGGAAAAGGUACGCAUAGCAGCUAACUUCGUCAUCCACGCCCCACCAGGAGAGUUCAACGAAGUUUUCAAUGAUGUGCGAUUGCUGCUCAACAAUGACAAUCUUCUCAGGGAAGGUGCAGCGCAUGCAUUUGCACAGUACAACUUGGACCAGUUUACCCCGGUGAAAAUCGAGGGCUACGAAGAACAGGUCUUAAUCACAGAGCAUGGUGACCUUGGGAAUGGCAGGGUCCUGGACCCAAAGAACAAGAUCUCCUUCAAGUUCGACCAUCUGAGGAAGGAGGCCAGUGACCCACGGCCUCAUGACGUCGACGGCUCCCUGGAGGGCUGGAGGAGUGCUGUGGACUCAGCCGUCAGGGCCUACGUCAAGGAGCACUAUCCCAGCGGAGUCUGUACCAUUUAUGGGAAAACCAUCGAUGGACAUCAAACCAUCAUCGUGUGCAUCGAGUGCCAUCAGUUUCAACCAAAAAACUUCUGGAACGGACGCUGGAGGUCAGAAUGGAAAUUUACCAUCUCCCCCUCUACUACUCAAGUGGCAGGAAUCAUGAAAAUCCAGGUUCACUAUUAUGAGGACGGAAAUGUUCAGCUGGUGAGCCACAAAGAGGUCCAGGAGUCCAUGUCAAUUUCUAAUGAGGCUUCAACUGCAAAGGAGUUUGUUAAGAUCAUGGAGGCUGCAGAGAACGACUAUCAGACGGCCAUCAAUGAGAAUUACCAGACCAUGUCGGACACUACCUUCAAAGCCUUACGCCGCCAGCUUCCUGUGACACGCACCAAGAUCGACUGGAACAAGAUCCUGAGCUACAAGAUUGGCAAGGAGAUGCAGAACGCUUAAAAACAACGGAGAAGAUAACAGACAACUGCCCCCACCCCCUCCCAAACAACGUUGCAUGACUGGAUAGUUGUAUCGUCUUUGUACAAAAAUUAGAGAAACAGGGACAAAGAAAGGUUUGGUCUCAUAGUCAGAUGUCACCUUACACAUUGGAUGUCUACUUUUAUGGAUGUUAUUUUGUUUUUAUACAGACACUGUUAACUCCACUGUAUAUUGAAUCUAUGAUGAUAAUCGUAUUUGGGAAAAUAUAACUUGAGGAAAUAUUAAAAGACAUAGGAAAGGGGGCGGACACUUGUAUGCAAAAACACCCUUAUAAAAUACAAUAUCACGUGUGCAAUAUUUAUUGUGUCAGUGAGACCAUGCCUUUUAUUUGACCUGCUAAAAAAAACGGUUUAAAUUUGCCAUGAUGGUGAGAAACGAAUGAUUUUUGGGAGAAUUUUGUCUGCAUUUACUAAAGAGCUCAGAUAUUAUGGCUGAAAAGAAACGACUCCCUUCACUUCACGGUUAAUGUCCCAUACGGUCAACAACAACAAGAAGAAGAAAAACAACCAAAAAAAAACAAAAAAAGAAUUUCUUUGUGUUCAUUGACUGGUAUCUUUGGCACAAACAGUCACCACUGUCAGCCACUCAAUGUUCUUGUUCCUUCAUUUUGGUACUCCCCUCACCGUUUGUCCCGUACGUGAGAUCUCAAGCUCGCAGUGCUCCCGGCUAAAAUGCCUUUUUUUUGACUUGACAUCCUCCGAACUCUCACUCAGCGCGGGGAGUUCCGUGACCACGUAACAAGCUUAAUUAACAAAGUCAUCGAUCGCUAAGUAAUGUGCAUAAUUUCCAAUUUACAAUAAAAUCAAAAAAGUA